ACCGUUUCUCUAGAUUCGAUUAGCAAUUCUUUCAGUCAGUUAGAAAAAGUUUUCGUUAGACUUUUGAAAAUGAUCAAAUUCAUUUCUUUGGCAAUUGCCGUACUGGCUCUAACCAACGCAGUUCUAGCCACCGACCCGGAACCGAACGGAAUGGAGGCCAAAAUUCAGAUUGUGGAGAACAUCUCCGACUUUAAAGCAGCCCAUCCGGAACUGGAACUCCUACCGAUGGAAUCCGUUAGAAGUCCACGGCAGCAGAUUCUCUACACCGUCGGAUCUAGGGUUGCAGGAGAUCAAUUGGUUGCCUCGGUCCAAGAUGGAUGGUCCUGGGCUACACUGCAGGAUGUAAAACUGACCUUGACCUAUCCUACUUCGGGUGUUGGCGCCGUGGUAAGCUACGUCCAGGUGGUAGUGAAUCAAAGCUCCAACCUGGGACAGGGCUAUGUAGUGGCAGGUGGUAUUGGUCAACGUUACAUUCAGAUUGUCAUUCAGGCAUUCCAAACCAGUUACUUUAAUUACAAUGCUCAGGUAUACGGCAUCUACUAAUGCCAUUAUUCUAACGUUAGGAUUAAGUGGUUACAGAAUAGGAGAAUAAAGACUGCUGUUUACGCCUGUCGCACAUUAUAAAAACA